ACCACAAGCUUGGGGAUUGCCCGCCUGACCCCUGACUCCUCACACCCAUUCUCCCCGAAAACCCAGAGCUUGACAUUUGACCAGCCACAGAAAUCCAACCUCUGCCCCCAUACCACAUGCCCCUCCCCCACCCCAUGGUGACCUCACAAAGGUCACCAGCUUCUCCCUGGGCCAAGACCCUCUGUUAUGGCCCUGCUGGCCCCAGGCAGUGCUGUCCCAUCUGCCCUGGUAGCCCUCAUGGUCUUCAGGGCCCCCGCCUGGGCCUGUCUCCUCUGCUUCACAUCCUAUAAGGAGCGUGUCCGCAUCUGCCAGAUCUUUGCUGGUAUAGAGGGCCCUGAGCUGGAAAAGUGUGAGGAGGCAUUCACCGCCGCCUUUAAGGGCCUCCUAGACACUGAAAUCAACUACGAUGAGAGAAGCCACCUGCAUGAUGCCUUCACCCAGAUGACCCACUCUCUCCAGGAGAUGGCCACUGCCCAGGGCUCCUUUAAGGUGGCUUUUCCUGAUGCUGCGGAGAAAAUGCGGAAGGUCAUUAUGCAGCUUAAAGAAGUCCGGGCCUGCAUCCCUCCCUGCGGACUCCAGGAAGUCGCCCGGCGUUUCCAUUGCCGCGGGUGCUACUCCACGGUCUGCGACCUCCCGCUGGACUGCCCAGUUCAGGACUUGACGGUGACUCGGGGUCAUCAGGCUAAGUUCUCUUGCACUGUGAACUUCCAACUGCCUAAGGAGGAAAUCACCUAUUCCUGGAAGUUCGCAGGAGGAGGUGUCCGGACGCAGGACGUGUCCUACUUCGAAGACCUCCCGCGGGCCCGAGGAAACCUGGCGCGGAUCCGGCCGGUGCAGCCCGCGCACCGCGGGACGUUCUCUUGCGUGAUCCUGCACGACCAGCUCCCGCUGGCGCGGCUCUACUUCUUUCUUAACGUGACUGGUGCGCCCCCACGUGGGGAGACCGAGCUCCAGGUCUCCUUUCGGGAAGUGCUGCGUUGGGCGCCGCUGGAGGCGGAGAUGAUCGAACCUUGGAGGCCAAGCCUGGGCGAGCUGCUGGCCAGGCCCGAGGCUCUGACGCUGAGCAACCAAUGCUUGCUCGCGGCCGUCGCGGCCUUAGCAUCAGUCAGUGCGACCCUUGUGGUGUGGACGUUCGUUCGAUGGUACUUCAAGGGCAACUAACAAAGGUAUCUUUUUCUUACUUCCUUAUCCGGUUUUCAUUCCUAAAAUAAAGAAUAUAUUUCAGCUCUG